CCUCCUCGUCCUCCUGUUCGGCCUCGUCGCCUUGCUCGCGCCCGCGCGCGGCACCGUCCCGGCGCACAGAAAUGGGAGCGGACUCGGCCAGCGGCUGCCCGCGCCAACUGUGCGGCUGGUGCGCCGGUGCACGUGCGGGCUGACGGACGCGGCGAUCGGCGCGCUGCCGACGUUCGCGUACGACAACAAGGGCGACGAGCCGCGCGCGAGCUGCCAGCUGCUGUGCGCGGUGUGCCUGGAGGACGUGCAGGGCGGCGAGAUGGUGCGGCAGCUGCCGCCGUGCAGGCACCUGUUCCACGUGGACUGCAUCGACAUGUGGCUGCACACCCACCGGACGUGCCCGCUCUGCCGCUGCGAGCUCUCGCCGCGGAAGGUCGCCGCGAAAGCCGUUGCCGCGGCCGCCACGGGGUCAUCGGCCCAGGCGUUGCCACCGGUGUGAAACCGAUUCAUACUACUGCUGCUGUUGCUGUAGCGACAUUCCUUCCUUCCUUUCCGGGAAUUCGAAUUACCCACACGGCAACUAAUCCAAUGUAGUAGAGAAAGAAGAUGAUUCAGGAUUGUUACCAUUUUCACGCCAGAUGCUUAGUACUGUUGGCGUACGUGCAGUUUAUUUGGUGUAUUGAGUGAGACAAAAAUGAAACGAUCUGGCAGAGAUUCUAU